CGCUCAACAAUAACUAUGAGUAUAAGUUUACCGCUCUGUCUCCUGGCGCUUCAGCACCUGAAUUAUUCGAGCUAUUUAACAGUUAUUAAGGAACCGAUUGCAGACUUCUUAUUAAAAGUAAAACCGUUCGAUGUUCAAUUCAUCGUGCAAAAUAUCUCUGGUGAUGAUGUUGAAGUAGUCAACGAAAUUUACAAAACCGUGACGCGUGCCUCACCAACGAACAUUAUUUCCAUUAAUAAGAUGUUACCCCCGGAGUUACUACCCUUCCACGUAUCUGCCCAAACGUUAAUUCUAUACGUCUACGCUUCGAAGCGUGCCCCGGACACUCGUGAAAUGAUGUACAUGAUCAAAGUUAUGAUUCAAAGCAGUAUUGCAAAUCCGAAAAUUCUGCUGAUAACUCUGUUGGAAGAACGGGAUAGCAACUUCGAAUCGUUCAUGAAGAUGAUGUGGGACGAGCGUAUCCUCCACGUAACGAUCCUGGACGUGGGAAAAUGUAAUGGAGAGGUAGUCAUUAAGCUGCAUCAGUACAAUCCUUUUACGAACAUCUACGAGAAACUUCCCUACAGCUCUGCCGUGCGCUGGUUCCCUGAUAAAACUAAGAAUUUUUACGGUUACCCACUCUGGGUGUACGUAAGGAAUCGCUCGGGACACAUUUCUUUCAAGACGGACUCGCAGUUGAACUCAGUGGAGUACGAAGGACCGAGCGUGAAUAGUAUGAAAACGCUUGCUAGCACACUAAAUUUCAGACUCAAACUAGUUACUGUUUUCAGUGUACACACAGACGUAGUUAUUCCAAUGCAUCCGUACUUCCAUGUCAGUACAUAUUUGAAUUAUCAGAAAACGUUAGCUUUCGAACUCGAGGACUGGUGUCCGCUGGUCCCGGUACUUUACAAGAAAAAUACCAUCUCAAUACAAGCCCUAUAUGGGGUUAUUCUCUUUCAUUCGUUGCUGCCCAUAUUUUGGAUGAUAUCGCUAGCGUUCAAGUUCGAACCGCGCACCUGGCAAGCGUUGGAAAUCUACCGGUUGUUAAUAGGCGUUCCGGCGUUGAUGAACCCGAAGAAAUCGGCUGAAAACAUUAUAUUCUGCAGUGGCAUGCUCAUUUCAGCUAUGUGCGCAUCCACUGUGUUGAGUACUCUAGCCAGCAGGAGGUUCGAAGAGAGAACUGAGAUAGAGUAUAACAAUUUUGAAGAGUUUAGUCGAUCUGGAUUGACUCCCAAAAUCGUAAGUUCGAUGUUCAACCUGACUUUCGAAAUAAGCGACGACCCAGCGUUAUUAGCGUUGAGAAAGAAUGCUGUACCUUCUACCGACAAAGACGAGUGCGUAGAGUAUUUGGCGAAGCAUAAGAACACCAGUUGUUUCCUUGAUAGGAGAUUGGCCAUGAUGUAUAUUUAUUCAUACGGGAAGAGAGGAGAAGCUAUGAAAAUCAGCUCGCAGUUGUGCUACGCGAAACAGCCGAUCGGCUACUACCUGGACAUUCGCUCGGCGUACAAGCAAGAGAUCGAUGACAUACUAAUACGUUUGGUGUCGUCGGGUAUUCAAACAAGGUGGGAACAGAAUUUCAGUGGAAUGAUCGAACGGCGGAGAACUCUUCCGGUAAACAUAGACGAAUUCGAACAAACGACGAUCAAGUGGAAUCUGAUGUAUAUUAUCGUAUUCGGACACUUGUUAUCGUUCUUUGUACUAAUAGCCGAAAUUAUGGUGCACCGUAACUAUCACUGA